AUGGACCUGCAGACAUGGACAUCCCACCGCAGGACUUCCCUGAAGACCCUCGUUACCAAAGAAAACGUGUUGAUGAUGGUUACUAUCCAGAAAGUACUUACAGAAGUGGUGCUGAUUAUCCUAAAGAUGCUCCCUUUCAACAUGGCUACCAAGAAGACAACGAUCAUGUCAGGCCCCCUUUCCCUGAGAGUGGUGAAUAUGGGCAAAGGUAUCCCAAAGACAACCGUUAUGAGGAGCCCUACCCAGAAGAUGACCACAGUAGAAGGCCGUUUAUGGAUGAGCCUCCAAGGCAAGCAUAUGACAAAGGUGACCGCUAUGAGCCAUCUUACUAUGAAGAUGAACCUCGGGCGGCCACCACCAGGAGAUGACCAACGUCCCUACGAAGAUGAUAACCACUCUGGACAGCGCUACUCAGACAGGGACUUUCCGCCACGUCCCUAUGAGGACCCUCAUGCCAGGGCAUACCAGGAAGAGACUCCUCACCAGCACCCUGACGACAGUUAUGGUGAGCGAGUGUACGCUGAGAGAGACUCCAGUGGACAUUUGUAUCCCCAGAUUGACCAUCGUCAGCCUGGUAUCUCUGAGGACCGAAAGCAGGCCUAUCCUGAAGAGGAUGCCUAUAACAGACGUGUCCAGGAAGACGUUGAAAGGGAGCGCUACGGUCGUCGUGAAUCUACUGAAUGGCACCCCAAAGAAGAUACUGAUCGUCGUUUCUUGGCUCGUAAUGGAAGUGAGCGACAAUACUCUGAACGUGGUUUUGAACCUCAUCACAGCAGUCAUGGUGACGGGAGAGAGAGGAGUCACACCGGCUAUGACACUGAGAGGAAUAGGGGUGGUGAAGCCAGGUAUGGCGGAGAGAUGCCUGAAUCUAGAAUGGAGAGAGAUUGGGCAGAAGCUAGAGGACCACCGUCACGGCCCAGUAACACGCUAGGAAGGCCCAGAUCAGAUCUCCCCCAGCAUCAAGGAGCUACACAUCAGGAGUCUCUACCUAGCAGGAAGAGGAGGAGCAGGUUCUCCGAUUGCACAGAAGCAGAGAAAGAACUGCUGCAAAAAUAUCAGAUGGCCCAAACUGUUUCUGAGAGACUUUCUCAGAAUCCACCUACGAAAGUUCAGAAGCACUCUGAGAGUGUCCGCUUGAGGGAGGAUUACAGGGAGCGUGGAGGAGCUCAACAAGAUCCUGCCAAUGUUAUGGAUGUUCUUAAAGAUGUCCAGAUUGAGAGUGUGGAAGAAGCCAACUUUCUGAAGAAUAAACUUUGUUCACUGCUGAAAGAGUUUCAGGCCAAUAAAUCAGGAGAUCGGACUCCCCCGAUGGGUUCCCGAGAUUAUGAACAACCAAGAAGGGAGAGUGUGGAACGGCUGCUGUUUGAUGAAUAUAGCCAGCGAAGGAGAGAAAUGGCAGCAGCUGGGCACGAUCGUGACCAGAUUCAGGAACGGCCAUCGUCUGACUACAGCUACCGUGUAAAAGAAAUGUCAACAGUUGGGCGUAGUCAUGACGAGAUUCAAGAACGACCACCGUCUGACUAUGGCUACCGUGUAAGAGAAAUGUCAACAGUUGGUCGUAGUCAUGAUGAGAUUCAGGAACGGCCACCGUCUGAUGACUAUAACUACAGUAUGAGAGAAAUGCCAGCUGUGGGACGCGGUCUUGACAACUUCCACCAGGCCUCUCAAGAACGCUUUGAUAGAAGGUCCUAUGAACGGGAUGGGCCCCAGCGCAGAAGGGAAUUUCCUAGACCUGCUGAGAUGUUUGAGGACUACCCACGGGAUGACUUUCACAGAGGGGAAAGGCGGUCUCCUCCUCCAGAGAGUUCGUUUAGGUUCCGUGAAGGUUCACAGCGGUCCUAUUUUGACGGUCCACUUGAGGAGCACCCUCGUGACUUUCGUCCUCACCCUGCUCAGACCCACUUUAUUGAAGACCGAAGAACCCCUCCCUCCAGCCUUGAUAAAAUCGCCUCCACUCUUCUUCACCUUGUGUCACACAAAUGAAAGUGUUCAUGUGUCUAAUUGUUUUUUAUUGUCAUUAUUAGAAUAGGCAAAAGGUUUUUCAAGUGGUUGUUGAAAACAAUACUGUAUGGUAAAUUGAACUAGCCAAGUCUUGUAAACACAUUAAAAAUGUCAAUGGCUAAGAUUGCAUCAGGUAGUUUAUUUACUUUUUAUGAAAUUUUCCAAAUUGGACAGACAUAUUGCUUGCAACCUUUUAAAUGUUGCACAAGAUUAAUUCAGUCUGAGAGUGUGGAGGAGGCCGAUGAGUUCAUCAACAUAAAAAAUUCAGGAGAAGGUCUUUAUUUGCAAAUGUCAAAUAUGCUCUAGGUCUGGAUGAUAUUGUCCUCUGAAAAUCUGGUUCAGAAUAGUGACCUAACAAAACAUGUAAUUCCAGUAAAAAGAAAAUCUAGGGUUAUAUUGUACUUUAAGAACCACCAAUUUUGAUGUUGAUAUCAUACAAAGACUAAUGAUAAUUUUUGUGAUCUAUAUGAUGUAUUCCGGUACUGUUAUCUAAAACCACGUUAUCCCUUCGAAAAGCCAAAAUGUUACCUUUAUCCUACAUGAAAGUGGACCCUGGUGCAACACAAGGUGCUUCCUGUAGUUUUUGUGUAUGACAAUUAAUGACUGUGAUGGUCGCCAUAGCGGCCACACACCGAACGGACUAACGCUCCCUUUUUCAUUAAAUCUUCUGUUGAUUUUUCAUAAUUGUAUGCUCACACAUUUUGAUGUUUACAUGUCUACAUUCACGCACCCUCUACGUUUAGCAACACUAUGUGGCAACCAAGUAAAAACGAAACACAUAGACUUUUGAUUUCAUACAACAUACAGACUUUAUUGCUUAGUUCAAUAGUAUGUGAUUGUGUGGUUGAGUGCACGCAACUUAUCAAUUGUAUUCUGUUGUUAAUUAGCUUAAGUUUGUUAUUUAAUGCAUUUUGUUGAUUUACCAUCUAUCGUGUUUGUGGCGUUCCUGUUUGAGUGCGGCCGACUCCGGGAGCUGUGUGCGUCAUGGUAUAUGGUCCGGGCGGACUUCCUGACUGUCAAGACGGAGCGGCAAGUUCCGCUGGUUUAAAUUAUCUAUGGCCACAUCCAUUUCACUACUUUGCCAUGGUGGAAGGAGAAGCCUUUCGUGUUUAUUGACUGGAGCUUUCUGGUUGGAUUCUUUUGUGUUUAUGCCCAGAUGUCUUUGUGUAGUUUAUUUAUUGCUAGCAUUAUGUGUGGUUAUCUUUUUGAAUGUUAUGGUAAUGUCUGAAAGUUAAUUGAUUUUGUGGUGUUCCCCUUUUAGUUAUUCAUGGUCUGUCCAGUCUGUAUUUAAGUUUCCCUUUGUCUCCUUUUGUUAGUUCUUGCUGUGUGUUCAUGUCGGAGGUUAAUGUUUAUUUUGUUUAGAUAUCCUUAUUUUGGGCACAGAAAUGUAUUUAAAAAAGUAAUUUAUUGAUUUUUGGUAAUAAAACCAUUUUUGCGCAAUUUGCAA